AUGGAAGAAAAACUGAGUCAAUCUUAUAUUAAUUUUAUUGAUCUUCCUGUGGAAAUUCUGUAUAUUAUAUUCAAUAAAUUGGAUAAUGUUGAUGUUCUUUAUUCAUUAUUUGGUAUAAAGAAUAAACGACUCGAUUUCAUACUACAAGAUCACAUUUUCUCCAAUACUCUUAAUUUGACAAAAAUUGUGAAUAAUGCCUCAAUAUUUGAUCGAUUUCGUAAUUUUAUAAUACCUGAAAUCCGUUCAAAUGUCAAAUGUUUGAUAGUUGAUUCUUCAUCAAUCGAACAAAUUCAUUAUCCAAAUGUAAAUCAUUUAAAAUUUAUGAAUUUUCAACGUGAUAAUUCACUUCAACAUUUUCAAGAUGAAUCACCUGUUGGUUAUAUUUUGAAAAACCAAAUAACAAAACUUGAACUGACAAAUAUUGAUCGUGAAUCGACGAAAACAUCAUGGGAAAGAUAUACACAAACAGUUUAUGCGCACAUUCUAAAUUAUUCUAAAAAAUUAGAGCAUCUCGGUGUAUUUAGAAAAACCGUAUAUGGAAAUCCACCAUUAUCAGUACAUAAUUUAUCAGCAAAUACAUUUUCUUCAUGUACUCUCACUUAUUUAUCUAUUUAUGUGAGUACAUUUACUGAUUGUCUUUGUUUACUUGAUGGUCGUCUCAAACAACUAAACACANGAUAUACACAAACAGUUUAUGCGCACAUUCUAAAUUAUUCUAAAAAAUUAGAGCAUCUCGGUGUACUUAGAAAAACCGUAUAUGGAAAUCCACCAUUAUUAGUACAUAAUUUAUCAGCAAAUACAUUUUCUUCAUGUACUCUCACUUAUUUAUCUAUUUAUGUGAGUACAUUUACUGAUUGUCUUUGUUUACUUGAUGGUCGUCUCAAACAACUAAACACAUUUAUUGUUCAAACUUAUUCAAUGGAUACGGAUACAUCUGCCGUUCACAAUUGGGAUGAUUUGCCUAAAAUAAAAUGCUUUUCAUUCAUUUCUCAUGAUAUAAUUGAAGAAUUUGAUGAUAAAGUCAUAUCUCUUCUUCGUCGAAUGCUGAAUUUAACUAAAUUAACAUUAUAUUUACGUAUUAAAUCUCAAAAUCAAUUUCUUAAUCCAACCUGUAUCAUUACUGAAUAUUCAAUGUAUAUGAAACACCUUCAUUCAUUUGAUUAUUAUAUCAGCAUUGAAAAUUGCCGAGACAAUUAUAUUCAUACUGAACAAAAAUGUUUGAAUUUGAGUCGAGAAGUCUCAAAUAUUGUUAAUUUUGCUCCUAAGAAAGUGACAUAUCAUCUUUUUACGGUUCCAGUUCAAUUUAAAACACUUCAGUAUAUUGGUAAUACAUUCCCGAAUAUAAUAUUUCAAAAUGUUAUCGAAUUAUACGUAGAUGAUAUUAUUCCAUUUGAACAUGAAUUCUUUUUACGAAUUGCAAAAUCAUUUCCAUUGUUACAACGUUUGAUGCUUGCCAAUUAUACAAGUCCAUUACACGCAUCGAAACAAUCGCCUCAAGAAAUUGAUUCAAACACAAUCGCUCGAUUUCCAAAUCUUUCUUCACUUUGUAUUAUAAAUGUAGGUACUCGUUACAUCGAACAAUUCUUAAAUGAGAAUAGAACCAACUUACCAUGUUUAACUAUAUUACGAGUUUUAUAUGAAGAUUUAAGAGCUGUUACGGAAGACUUUACAAGAGAUGCAACACGUUAUAAUUGUGCGAAUAUAAGAGAAUUAAAGACUUAUUCAAAUAUCGUUGGUUCAAAAGAUUUUCAUAUGUAUUUUCCCCUACUUAAUUCUUAA